UCAAUAUUAGUCAUACGCCAUUUUUGCAGGAAGAAAAGAAAUCAUUAGGAAAUCGGUGACGAAAAAUCCCGUGACACUCAGCAAGAUUGGUUUAAAAACACACACUUCUUCGCAGCUUGAAAUAGAAUUAUCUGAGAAGUAGUCGUACAAAGAUGGGUUGUAUUUUAGGCAGCCUUGCAUGCUGCUGCGGGUCUGCAGCGUGCAGUCUGUGCUGUGCAGCAUGUCCGUCGUGCAAAAACUCGACUGCCACGCGUAUUGCAUACGCGCUGACUCUGUUGCUGGGUUCCGUGAUUGCUUGUAUAUUCUUGGCACCUGGACUACAAGAACAGCUUGAUAAGAUACCAUAUCUCUGUGACCCUGGGUUUCUAGCUACACAUGCUUUAGUGGACUGUACUCGAGUGGUGGGCUAUGCCUCCGUCUACAGGGUCUGCUUUGCCAUGGCUGCGUUCUUCUUCCUCCUCAUGCUGAUCAUGAUCAACGUGAAGACAUCGAAGGACCCACGUGCUGGCAUACAGAAUGGGUUCUGGGGUAUCAAGAUCCUGGUCCUGAUUGGAGUUGCGGUGGGAGCUUUCUUCAUCCCAGGUGGCGCCAAUGCUGUCCAGCCCACAUUUGAACAAGUGUUUAUGUGGUUUGGCAUGGUCGGCGGCUUUCUGUUCAUUAUUAUACAGUUGAUCUUGCUGAUAGACUUUGCACACUCGUGGAAUGAGAAGUGGGUGGGCAAUUACGAAGAGAACGAAAACAAAGGGUGGUUCGCAGGGUUGUUGUUUUUCACCAUAGUGUUCUACUUGGUAGCAAUCACUGCAGUGGUGUUGUUUUACGUGUUCUACACAUCAGGAGGGGACUGUUCACUGCACAAGUUUUUCAUCAGCUUCAACCUGAUCCUGUGUGUGGUGAUCUCAAUUGUGGCUAUCUUACCCAAAAUACAGGAGGCCCAGCCUCGCUCUGGUUUGCUACAGGCGGCCAUCAUAACGUGCUACGUGAUGUAUCUGACCUGGUCUGCCAUGAGCAACAACCCAGACAAACUGUGUAACCCCAGCCUGAGCUCUAUCCUGGACGGCACCUACAACAAACAAAACAGCACCGCCUCUGCUGGUGACCUCACCGGCACCCCACAUUUUGACGGAGAGAGCAUCGUGGCACUGUUGAUUUUCUUGCUGGCUGUGUUGUACUCUAGCAUUCGGUCCAGCUCCAGCAGCCAAGUUGGGAAGAUUACACUGAGUGGGGGAACAGAGAACACUUACCUGAAGGAAAGCUCAUCAGACGAGGCCAUGCUGGGGGCUAAAGAAGGUAAUUUUUAGUUUUUCCUCAAUCUAUCUCCAAAAAUAACACUUUCUUGCUAAAUAUAACUUUGACAACAUAUUUGCACAGAGGACCUUUAUGUAGAAAAAAAGGAAGAAAGAGGUUUUCCUGAAAAUAACAUGAAUUUUUCAUCAGUCACUAUUGUAUACCCUGUCCAAAUCCUUUUGUAAAUCUGUAAUUGUGCUAUCUUUAAUUCCGGCUUUUAAUUUAUAAUUUUUACUGUCAGUAUACUAGAAUUUACAAGAACGACUCAAAAACAAGAAUCUUGGAACUCAAAAACCUAUUUAUAGAUCUUAAUUCUGUUACCAGUUUUGAAUAGGUUCUUCCUUAGUGAUAAAGUGAAAGCCUGAAAGGUGUUGAAAUUUUCAGCAAAUAUGAAAUCUUUGCUAGAUAAAGGUCCCUCACACAUCGUGUGACUUUGAAAACUACUGCACUGAUCCUUUUAAAUUCAAAUGGGGAAACUUUCUAUUUAAAAAGCCUCCAAAGGUUGAAAAAAACUGCAUUAUUAGGACUUCUUUUUGUUCAUGGUAUUGAAAAAAUUGAAUUGUACAUAAAUAGAUUAUACUUCUUCAUAGUAAACAGUGUGGUGUAGCUACUAUUCCAACAAAUUUAACAUCUUAGAAGGGAUGCCAUAGAAGAAAGUCAUGCUCUUCUGAUGCCCAUGUACUGAUGAUAACAUUGUUUUGCACCUGUUGCAGCAAACAAACUAAAAAAAAAAAUGACAUGGCCUUGGCCAGAGGAAGGUUUCUUUCACUGUAUUUGAAGUUUAGAAUAAUUCACGUAGAAAGAUCAGCAUUCAUUUUCUCAUUGCUAACACUUGUAUAUUAACUAGAUGUUUUCCCACAUGUCAGCUGUGCAAAGAAUCUUCCUACUUCUUGAAAAAGAGCAGACAUUUCUUGUUUUAGUAUUUUGAU